CCAAGUUCUAUAUUUAUCGCUGAAAAUUUUCAAUUUUUUUUUUAACUGUCAUAUUCGUUGUUUGGAGAAGUAAACAAAACAAACUGAUCAUGGAGGAUAAAUGUACGCUAAAUAGCGCCCCCAGUGAGGAUGACCCGGCGUGUACCAGUUUAGAGGAGGACGGCUGCGGGAACCCAUCUCUAUCCAGUGUACCCACUAUCUUUGAGUCGGGGUACUUCUCUGGCGUUCCUCAUGCAAGUGCGGACCAAGACAUUUUCUCUUCUCUAGACCUAGUGAAUUCUAAACAAACGCCCCAAAGUCCUGGAAUUAGCCAGCCCUUAAAAGGUCUUCAGAUUUCUCCAAGUCCUACAUCUUUAGUACAUCACAAAGAGGAAACGUCACAAUUUUCACACCGCGAUAAGGAUGGUGACACGCAGUUACAUAACGCCAUCUGGCAGAAUAAACCACAAACGGCUGACUACGUCAUCAAGCGUACACCCACGUGUGACAAGGAGUGGCUGAAUUCUCCAAAUCUACAUUUACAGACACCAUUACACGCUGCCACAUUGAAAAGAAUGGUGGAUAUCACCGCCCUCCUUAUUGAAAAGGGGGCAAACAUAUGUCAAUGUGAUAUUCAUGGAGAAACACCAUUACAUAUUGCUAGCAGGGAAGGGUUUGAGGACAUAGUGGAAAUAAUUCUAAGAACAGCGAACAGACAAUCUAUUCUGGAAUGUAUAGAGACACGUAACUACAAUGGUCAGAAUUGUCUACAUUUAGCUGCUUUCAAUCUACGUUUUGAGAUAGUUAGACUUUUGGUAUCCAAUGGGGCUGAUGUAAAUGCUACGGACGGCAUGUACAACAAAACCAUUCUUCAUUAUGCUGUCGAUAAACACAGUUCCGAUUUGCUGCACUGUGUGCUGCGCUUAGAAAAUGUUUGCUUGACUGUUACUUCAUAUGCUGGAGAGACUGCCUUGCAAUUAGCCGAACAAAACCGAUAUGAUGAAAUGACUAAAGCGUUAAGGGAAUACGACAUUUCAUUUAUAUAGUAAAUGAUUUAUCAUAUUCUAUUAAAAAUUUCCUUUUAAUUUUCAUUAUUCCCCGGUUUUUGUUAUACAUGUAUUCUGUGUGCUUUUAUCAAGAAAUAAGAAAAGUAGAAAAAUACGUAAAGAUAUUAAAGUACACGGGCUUAAAAAUCACAGAGUGCAUCCACAUAGAUUAAUUAAUUAAAAAUACACAGAUUUGUAUUUGAUUCAAAAUAAUUAUGCGUGCAGUGUACAAGAAUUUGAAAUUCAGUGUUACUGUUCAUCUCAGAGUGUUCCUAAUGUUAUUACUUAUUUAUCAGAAGUUUGAAUCCAAACUACCUCGUGUAAAGAUAUCAAGACAAUGAUGCAUCUCAACAUAAACUAAAGGAGUAAAUUACAACAUACGGGUUGUCGCAAAAAUAUACCAUUUUAUAUAGCCGCCAGAAACACAUGCUUUGACCAAUUUCUUUGAUCUUGUAUUUAAUAGUUGGAUAAAUACGAUUUUAUAGCAACAGAGUAGUGCGAGAAAAUGGCCCGCAUAAUUGGAAUUGUCACGUUACAAAAUUACAUCGUAAUAUUGCUAAGAAAUGCCUUUCAAACUAGAUUUAUCAAAGGAGCGAGCUACCCUUAUCUUAAAACUGUAUUACCAAACACAGUCUUUAAUUGCUGUUACAAGAAUAUUGAAAAAAGAUUGAUUUUUUUUUUAAAGUCGAAUCACCAAGCAUAAAAUUUUAAGGAUAGUGAAGAAGUAUGAGGAAACAAAAUCCAUAUUCAAAGAAACAGAACAAUGGAGGCAGGCGAAGGUCGGUGAGAAAUCGGGAGGGGGGGGGGUGCAAUCCAUCAAGUACAAAGGGCCAUAAAAGAAACACUGCAUAGAUUUAUUAGGAAAGUCAUAAGUGAUGCGAGUAUCAGUGUGUCGUAUAGUAUAUCUAAUAUUCGCGGAAUUUGAAUAUUUUGUCUACAUAUCGAAUAACUGUGAGGUAGCGAUUGAAGCAAAGUGAAGUUGACAGUCGCCUUACAUUUGCAAAAUGGAUGAAGGAACAUGAUGCAAUUGUCAGUGACAUUUGAUUUUCCGAUGAAGCAGCACCUACAAGAGAUAGUGAACGAGGGAAAUUCUCGAUACUCGCGGAGUGAAAACCAAUCUUAUUCUUAAGAAAAAUAUUUGCUUUGGCCGCCAUGAAUUCUAGAGGGAUAAUUGAACCUUUGUGUUUUCAAGAUGAAGCAGGAGAAACUUAGAAUGUAAAUAGUACUGGGUACUUUGAUAUAUAUAUAUUUUUAAUAAAAGGAUUUUUGCCAUGUUUGAUAAGAAGAGGUUUAAAUCCUAAAACCACAGAUUGGCUACAUGAAAGAUGCAAUGGAAAUUUCAUCUCUUGGCCUUCUCAUUUCCCUGAUCCGAAUCCCUAAAUUUCUUUUCAUGGGGAUUUCUCAACGACAUUGUGUACAAAUCCCAACCUGAAUUCUUAGCAAAUUCAAAACUUAUACUUCGGAGGGAAAUCCACAGGAUAACUGCCAAGACAAGCCCAGCUGUCAGAAGGAUUUUAUACUCAACGUUUUGACAUCAUCAUUAUACCCAGAAAGGACGUCAUUAAGAAUAUGAAAGUUGAAGAUAACGAACAGUAAUCAAUCUCAUAACUCCUAUAAGCAAUACAAAAUAGAGAAGUGAGCAAACACGGACCCCUGGAUAUACCAGAGGUAGGAUCAGGCGCCUAGGAGGAGUAAACAUCUUCUGUCGACCGAUCACACCCGCAUAUCAUGUAAAACUUGUAGCAUAUUUUAAAGUGAACUCAUUUUGUUCUUUUCAUGUUGACAUCUGUCAAAUUCUGUGUAUAACAUGGGGCAGUGUAUGUAACAUUUAC